AUGACAACCCUACGCUGUCGUCUGGAAACAGUUUACUGCCUUCUAUUGCUGAUAAUCUGCGCUUCCGCACUAAAAUUCGACCUCGAGGCUUACGCAGCGGGAUCUGGCAGGGGUCAACGAUGCAUUCGCAACUUUGUAGCGAAGGAUACACUGGUAGUGGUUACAGCAACUGUAGAUGGUAAAAAAGGUGAUGGAAUGGUUGUCAAUAUGAAUAUCAAGGAUGCUGUAGGCAAUCAAUAUGGAAAGCCAAAAGACGUUGUAGGCGAGAAAAAAAUGGUCUUUACUUCUCAUGCAGAUGCUUCUUUUGACGUUUGCUUUAUCAAUGAGCUAUCAGGCUCUGCACCCGCUCAUUACCCUGCAACCCGGCACAUCGAACUAAAAAUUGAAAUUGGUGCCGACGCGAAGAAUUGGAAUGAGGUUCAGACAACUGAAAAACUUAAACCAGUAGAGACAGAAUUGCGACGAAUUGAGGAGAUGGUCGCCGAAAUUGUUUUCGAAAUGGACUACUUACGCACACGAGAACAAAAGCUCAGAGACACUAAUGAGAGCACAAACACAAGGGUAAAAUGGUUCGCUUUUUCGACGAUGGGAAUGCUAGUUGCUUUGGGCGUAUGGCAAAUAUUCUAUUUGAGGGCGUAUUUCAGAUCAAAGCACCUUAUUUAA